ACAAGAGUUUUUUGCCUUCUUUCAUUAUUUCUCUAUUGUAGCUCCUAUAUACGAGUGCUUCCUCUUUCUUCCCCGCACAUCAUACGAGACGAUGGCUUGGCGGCUAAGAUUCUUCAAUUCGUCCUUUGGAGUUUCUAUCGUAGACCUAUGCUGUAGACAGCUAUAUAAUUAUUAAUUAAACGCAUGGCGUAAUUGAGCGGCAAGAUUCCUGGUCAUGUAUGCGUGACGUCGAUGACCUCAAUCUUGGUAUGCGGUUGACGUCGGACCAUAACGACUCGGAAAUGAGAGGAGCUUCGACGACCAAUCCAAUAGCGGGGCUGCUACACAUGCCAAAUUAGGCGAUGCGACGGAGCGGAGACGGACAAUAAAAGGGUACGAUGUCGCAAUUAAAAUCAAGGUCAUGUUGGAGGAGAACACAAGUUGAAGUUUUCUCAUCUUUUUCCUGUCGCUCCUGAAAAGCACAUCGCAUUAGUAAUCAGUAUAUAUCUUCUAUUUCCCCCUAGAGUUCGAGAUCCUUUAAAAAUAUGGAUCCCGUAGGAAUAGCAAUUAUUGGUGGGGGGAUCUUCGUUAAAGAGCAGCACAUCCCCGCUGCUCUGGCUUCUCCCCUGGUUUCUAUCAAGGCGAUCUGGUCUCGGUCCCGUAAGACGGCGGAAGAUGCCGUAAAGGAAAUUCCUAGCGAGGCUGCUUCUUCGGUGGAAUUGUACUCGACUGAUUCUGGCGAGGGCAAGGCUUACGAGGACAUCCUAAAGCGUGAGGACAUAUCUGGAGUAAUCCUUGCCCUGCCCAUCACGGACCAACCCUCAUACAUCGAGAAGGCGUUAGCUGCAGGAAAGCACGUACUCGCAGAAAAGCCGAUCGCCAAGGACGUUGCUACUGCGGUUAAGCUUAUCGAUUACUACAAGGUCGUUUCGGCCGAGACCAACGCGUCGCUAGCCAUUGCGGAGAACUUCCGUUUUAACAAAGGUUGGGCCUAUGGCGCGGAGCAGAUCAAGCAGCUUGGCAAGGUGACGGGUUUCGUUGUAAGGUUGCAGAUGAUGAUGAAGAAGGAUAACAAGUACUACAACACCCCCUGGCGCACAGUCCCCCAACACCAGGGUGGGUUCCUUCUCGACGCGGGCGUGCAUUUCACAGCUGCUAUUAGGAAACUGCUAGGACCCGAAAAUGCGGUUGAAAGUCUAAUAGCCGAUACUGCGUUGGUAUCUAGCCAUCUGCCUCCAGUGGACUCCAUCAACGCGGUGCUAAAGACAAGAUCUGGUGUUGUGGGUUCAUACAUCUCGUCUAUGGGGACGACUAUGGAUGCUUUCGAGUUCCACGUCGCGACUGAGCAAGGCGUUGUGAAGGCGGAAGGAGCUAAAGUAGUGACGACCCGAGGGAUCGGUAAAGACGCGGUAGUGGAGGAAAAGGUUUUCGAGAAGACUAGCGGAGUCAAGGAAGAAGUGCACGCUUGGGCUGAGUCUAUUUUGUCGGGCAUACCAAAUGCGAACCAGACACCCGAACUAGCGCUUGGAGACCUGGAGCUAAUGGAGAAGAUGCUGACGAGUGGUGAUCAGGAUGGGGCGCGCCAGAAGUUGAUUUAUCAGCAUUUCGUAUAGCGGCCGCUGCUAUAAUUUACUAGAGGUCGGCUCCACACGUAGCUGGAGCUUCUCGAGUCCUUGUCGUAAUUGAUUAUUCAUCCCGUUAGUAUUCGGCCGUUGAGUUGCGCGGUCCACAAAGACGUGAACGAAUUCGCCGACGGCCUUGACUUGUUCAACGUCUUUUUCGAACAGCGCGACUUCGUAGACGACGCUGGAUUUCCCCAGCUUGUUGACUCGCAAGCAAAGCUCGGCAACUUGAGGGUAUGAGAUGGGUGAAAAAUAAUCGCAAUGUGUGUGAGCUAUUAGAGGAUGUUGAGCUGAAGUAGGCGGGUGAAGAGCACAGUGUUCAAUUAGAUAAGAAUUAAUCACAGAGUCAAAUCUGGCGUUUCGCUAAUGUUAGGCACUAAAUGUAUAUCUCAAGGGCCGCUAGGCUUACGGACAAGAAGUUAUAGACUGAGUUGUUCAUGUGAUCAUACAUGUCGUUAUCGUUCCAUCGUGUCCUAUAUUCAAGUACGAAAGGGUAGUCCUUCCGACUUCUGUUCUUUAAAUCCUUGCCCACAGCCAUGACCUUGUAGGAUAUUUAAGUGGAAUGGCCAAUGAGAUUGGGAAUAGAUGAUGGAGAGUGAAGAAAGG